AUGAUUAAACAACAGCAACCACAACAACUUAAGGCACAAAGCACCCAGGUCCCUCAGACCAUUACAUACGCCAUAUAUGCAUAUAAUUCAAAGACGGCAGAACAAACGCAAAGGUUGAAAUAUGGAGAUUUGGAGAUAGUAUUGAAAAAUGAACAUUUCGAAUUCGUUUGCAAAGGUGGUGCAGUGAUAUCAAAUAUAAAAGAAAUUUUAUUUAUGAAUUCUAAAAUUAAAGGUAUAACGGAUGAUAUAACAUCAAUUCCACCAGAAGAACAGAGAUAUUACGCAUUAAAUGCAUUUCCUAAAGUUUUGAAGAUUGGAAGAUUUAAUUUAAAUGAGGAAUUCAUAGAAGGUUUCCUAAAUGACAUAAUGAAGAAAGCAGAUAAGGGAUGGGUGGCUAGUGUGUUAGUGAAGAAGGCGGAUAAGGAAUAUGUGGAUGAAAAAGAUAACGAAAUGAAAGAAAGGGUUGACUGGUACCAUGAAUGGACAUCGAAGAUUUUAAAAACUAAAGCUGAUACAGGGUGGGUUUCAGGAUGUUUAGACCUUAAAGCGGAUAAAACAUAUGUUAACGAUGAGUUAGAGAAGAAAGCAAAUAAGACUCAUACACAUACAAGUUUUACAACUGUUGCUAUAGAAAGUAUUGAAGGAACGGUUGAAGAAACUGGUGGGGAUGUAUUAUAUUGUAAACCUCCUAACUUUCCACAAGGUUUAACAUCGGAUGACGACAUAACGACGAUGAGAAACAUUAGAUGUAAAGAUGUUUAUGUCAUGAAGGAUGAACAUAAUAUUAAAUUCACUGCUCAAGAUUUAUAUGAGAAGAAAGCAGACAAAACAGAGCUUCAAACAUUAAAGACGGAAAUACUUCAAACAUUAUAUCCUAUAGGCUCUAUUUAUACGUCAAUGAACUCUACCAGACCAGAAGUAGUACUUGGUUUUGGAACUUGGACUCAAAUAGUUGACAGGUUUUUGUAUUGUGCAAACUCUUCAAAGGAAACAGGUGGAAGUAAAACGAUUUCAGGUGAAAACUUACCUGCACAUAGUCACUACAUAGAUUUAAGUACAUCUCAAGCAGGUUGGCAUAAGCAUAGAUAUUGGGAUUGGUCAGCAAUGAUAAAAGGUAAAGGAUAUGAUGUUAAAGACGACGUUAAGUUUGCUAUAAAUUGUUUCUGGAGUAACACUGAGGGAGGAGGAAACCAUAUACAUAAUGUUUCAGGAUAUACACAAACAACGGGACAAAGUAAAGAAUACAUGCCACCAUUUAUGACUGUAUUCACAUGGUAUAGAGUUCAAUGA